AUGAAAGCUCAUAAACUCCUGUCUCUGGGAUGUAUCUUCUUCCCCCUGCUGUUUUUUCAGCAGGCCUGGGCUCAAUUCCCACGGGAAUGUGCUACUGUUGAGGCUUUGAGAAGUGGUGAGUGUUGCCCAGACCUGUCCCCUGUGUCAGGGCCUGGGACAGACCAGUGUGGCUUAUCAUCUGGAAGGGGCAGAUGCGAAGCUGUCAUUGCAGACUCCCGGCCCCACAGUCCCCACUACCCCCACGAUGGCAGAGAUGACCGGGAGGGCUGGCCCAUGCGGUUCUUCAAUAGGACAUGCCAGUGCAAUGGCAAUUUCUCAGGACACAACUGUGGGACUUGCCGUCCUGGGUGGAGAGGAGCUGCCUGCGACCAGAGGGUUCUCACAGUCAGGAGAAAUCUUCUAGACUUAAGUACGGAAGAAAAGAACCACUUUGUCCAGGCUCUGGAUAUGGCAAAGCGCACGACUCACCCUUUAUUUGUCAUUGCCACCAGGAGAUCAGAAGAAAUAUUGGGGCCAGAUGGCAACACGCCACAAUUUGAGAACAUUUCCAUUUAUAACUACUUUGUUUGGACACACUACUACUCAGUCAAAAAGACUUUCCUUGGGGUAGGGCAGGAAAGCUUUGAAGUGGAUUUCUCCCAUGAGGGACCAGCUUUCCUCACCUGGCACAGGUACCACCUGCUGCAAUUGGAGAGAGACAUGCAGGACAUGUUGCAAGAGCCUUCUUUCUCCCUUCCGUACUGGAAUUUUGCGACUGGGAGAAACGUUUGUGAUAUCUGCACGGAUGACUUGAUGGGAUCAAGAAGCAACUUUGAUUCCACUCUUAUAAGCCCGAACUCUGUCUUUUCUCAAUGGCGAGUGGUCUGUGACUCUUUGGAGGAUUAUGAUACCCUGGGAACACUUUGUAACAGCACUGAGAAUGGGCCAAUUAGGAGAAAUCCGGCAGGAAAUGUGGCUAGACCAAUGGUGCAACGUCUUCCUGAACCACAGGAUGUCGCUCAGUGCUUGGAAGUUGGUUUAUUUGACACACCUCCUUUUUAUUCCAAUUCUACAAAUAGUUUUCGAAACACUGUAGAAGGUUACAGUGACCCCACAGGAAAGUAUGACCCUGCUGUUCGAAGCCUUCACAAUUUGGCUCAUCUAUUCCUGAAUGGAACAGGGGGACAAACCCAUUUAUCUCCAAAUGAUCCUAUUUUUGUCCUCCUGCAUACUUUCACUGAUGCAGUCUUUGAUGAAUGGCUGAGGAGAUACAAUCCUGAUAUAUCCACAUUUCCAUUGGAAAAUGCCCCUAUUGGACAUAAUAGACAAUACAAUAUGGUGCCAUUCUGGCCUCCAAUUACCAACACAGAAAUGUUUGUUGCUGCUCCAGACAACCUGGGAUAUGCUUAUGAAGUUCAAUGGCCAAGUCGGGCUUUUAGUAUAUCUGAGAUCAUUACCAUAGCAGUAGUUGCUGCUUUAGUACUGGUUGCAGUCAUUUUUGUGGGUGCUUCUUGCCUAAUUCGUGCCAGAAGCAAGAUGGAUGAAGCCAAUCAGCCUCUCCUCACUGAUCAGUAUCAACACUAUGAUGAAGAGUAUGAAAAGUUCCAGAAUCCUAAUCAGUCUAUGGUCUGAUGACAAGUGACCUCAUUUCGUAGACAUUAGUGUCACAAAACUAUCUGGUUGA